AUUUUGAGGAUCAGAGCAAUGGUGUGAACUGGGACUCUGGAGUUCUCAUUUCCAUCUGGGUCAGAUUGCAGAAACACUUUCCCUUCCACACUGAUCCUCUCCUAGAACCGGGGCCUGACCUGAGUCUGUGACUCACGGGGCAGGGCUGGGCUUGUGCGAGACGGGGAGGUGUGGAGGGCAGGCAGUGAUGUAUAAGUGGACCGGUCUGCCGGCCCCAACUCAUGUCCUGAGUGGACUGCCCAGGACACAGCCUCCUCCCAGCCUCCUCCCGGCCUCCUCUGCGGUGGAACAGCAUGUUGCUGAUCCUUCUGUUCCUGUUCUUCCUGCUGGCGGGCAUGCUCCUGGCCAUGGUCUCGGUGUGGGUUUUCUGCACCGAGUUCCUCACCGUGGACGUCCCUGCGGGCAUCAACCGCCCCAUAAGAUUGCGGCUCCUCCAUUGUGUCUUUCAGCUGUUGCUGAUGUGGGGCACUGUUUUAGAGAAGCUGAGGAUCUGCUCUAUGCCCCAGUUUUUCCGUUUCAUGCACGAUCUGCCCCCGCUCAAGAACGACCCUGAGGUCGUGGUCACGGACCUCUGCUUCGGGACCAUCCCGGUGAAGCUGUACCAGCCCAAGGCGACCUCCUGCUCCAGCAGGCCGGGCAUCGUGUUCUACCACGGAGGCGGGGGCCUCAUAGGGAGCCUGAGGACCCACCAUGGCAUCUGCCGUCAGCUGUGCAAGGAGAGCGACUCCGUGGUUCUGUCGGUCGGGUACCGCAUGAUCCCCCAGUGCAGGUUUCCAGUUUUGGGAAGAGACUCCAUCUGCGCCACCAUCCACUUCCUGAGGUCCCUGAAGCUGUACGGGGUGGAUCCAGCCCGCGUCGUGGUCUAUGGUGACAGUGUGGGAGGGGGGAUGGCAUCUAUAGUCUGCCAAAACCUCCUGUGCUAUCCAGACCUCCCCAAGAUCCGUGCCCAGGUCCUUGUCUACCCCGCUCUCCAAGGUAUUGACUUCCAGAGCCCGUCCUAUCAGCAGAACAAGAACGUCCCGUUGCUCAGUCUGGACUUCGGCUUCUACUGUUGGUGCAACUACCUGAGCAUCAACCCCGCGUGGAAAAGCGUCGUCCUGCAAAAUGCCCACAUGCCCCCGGAGGUCUGGGCAAAGUAUCAGAAGUGGCUGGGGGCAGAGAACAUCCCCAAGAGGUUUAAGACCAGAGGCUACCAGCCCCAGACCCCCGGGCCCCUGAACGAGGACGCCUACCAGGAGUGCCUCCUGGCCCUGGACGUCAUGACCUCGCCCCUGCUCGCGGAGGACGACGUGGUGUCGCGGCUCCCAGAAACCUGCAUCGUCAGCUGCGAGCACGACGUUCUCCGGGACCACGCGCUGCUCUACAAGAAGAGGCUGGAGGACCUGGGUGUCCGGGUGACCUGGCACCACGUGGAGGACGGCUUCCAUGGGGUGCUCUCCUGCCUCGACAUGACAUUCUUCUCCUUCCCCUGCUCCAGGAAGAUCCUGGACGCCACGGUCCGCUUCAUAAAUGGCUUGUGACCUGCUCCCCGGCCUGCUGCCACGACCAGAGUGUGGACUCUGCCUCUCCUGGUUCUCAACGGGUGAGGACAUUCUCUCUGGUGUGGACAUUGAUGUCGUUGAGCGGUCUCAGGAGGGAGUCAAGGUCACCAUCUCCUUCUUGCUCCAGAGUUAGAACCACAGCUGCAUGUUUCUGACAUCUGAAGGGAGAACAGGAGGACAGACAGAGUUGGGGGUGGGGAGUACCGAGGAGGGGGGGUUUUCUGCCUU